ACAUCGCCAACAAGGUGCUCCUGUCCCUGUUCACGGUGGAGAUGCUGCUGAAGAUGUACAGCCUGGGAUUGGCUCAUUACUUCGUGGCGUUCUUUAACCGCUUCGACUGCUUCGUGGUGUGCGGCGGCAUCAUGGAGACCAUCCUGGUGGAGCUGGGCAUCAUGCCGCCGCUCGGCAUCUCCGUGCUGCGCUGCGUCCGCCUGCUCCGGAUCUUCAAGGUCACACGCCAUUGGACGGCUCUCUCUAACCUGGUGGCGUCUCUGCUGAACUCCAUGAAGUCCAUCGCCUCGCUGCUGCUGCUGCUCUUCCUCUUCCUCAUCAUCUUCGCUCUGCUCGGCAUGCAGCUGUUCGGAGGAAAGUUCAACUUCGACGAGACGCAGACCAAACGCAGCACCUUCGACGCCUUCCCCCAGGCGCUGCUCACCUGCUUCCAGAUCCUGACCGGAGAGGACUGGAACAUGGUGAUGUACGACGGCAUCAUGGCGUACGGAGGGCCCGUGUUUCCGGGGAUGAUUGUCUGCAUUUACUUCGUCAUCCUCUUCAUCUGUGGUAACUACAUCCUGCUGAACGUCUUCUUGGCCAUCGCCGUGGACAACCUGGCAGGAGGGGACGGAGAUACCAAGAAGAACGAAAAGAAAAAGCCGGAGGGAACCGAGGCGGCUGCAGAAGAGGGAGGGGAGGGAGCAGAAGAAGAAGUGAAGGUGAACAUCGAGGUGGACAUCGAUGAAGACACGGAGUACGAGGAGGAAGAGGAGCUGCCUAUAGAAGAUGAUGCAGGAGUCCAGUUAAAGAUCGCCGACCUGGCUCCUCCCAAAGAGAAAGUUCAACCAAUCCCAGAAGGCAGUGCGUUCUUCUGCCUCAGCAAAACAAACCCUAUCCGUCGUGGCUGCCACGCUCUGAUCCACCACCACAUCUUCACCAACCUCAUCCUCGUCUUCAUCAUCCUCAGCAGCUGCUCGCUGGCGGCCGAGGAUCCAAUCAGAGCUCACUCCUUCAGGAACAAUAUUCUGGGAUAUGCCGACUACGCCUUCACCUCCAUCUUCACUGUGGAGAUUAUGUUUAAGAUGGUGGUUCACGGAGCGUUCCUCCACCCGGGCUCGUUCUGCAGGAACUGGUUCAAUCUGCUGGAUCUCCUGGUGGUCAGCGUGUCGCUCGUCUCCUUCUUCCUCCACUCCAGUGCGAUCUCGGUGGUGAAGAUACUGCGAGUCCUCCGAGUGCUCCGACCUCUGAGAGCCAUCAACAGAGCCAAAGGACUGAAGCAUGUGGUCCAGUGUGUGUUCGUGGCCAUCAAGACGAUCGGGAACAUCAUGAUCGUCACGACGCUGCUGCAGUUCAUGUUCGCCUGCAUCGGAGUCCAGCUUUUCAAGGGUAAAUUUUAUCGCUGCACAGACGAAGCCAAACACACUCCUGACCAGUGCAAAGGGACCUUCGUGGUGUAUAAAGACGGAGACGUGAACCACCCGAUGGUCAGAGAGAGGAUUUGGCUGAACAGCGACUUCAACUUCGAUAACGUUCUGAUGGGGAUGAUGGCGCUCUUCACCGUCUCCACCUUCGAGGGCUGGCCUGCGCUGCUGUAUAAAGCCAUCGAUGCUAACGGGGAGAACACUGGUCCGAUCUACAACUACCGCGUGGAGAUCUCCAUUUUCUUCAUCGUCUACAUCAUCAUCAUCGCCUUCUUCAUGAUGAACAUCUUCGUGGGUUUCGUCAUCAUCACCUUCAGAGAGCAAGGAGAGCAGGAGUACAAGAACUGCGAGCUCGACAAGAACCAGCGUCAGUGUGUGCAGUACGCUCUGAAGGCCCAGCCGCUGAAGCUCUACAUCCCCAAGAACCCGGUCCAGUACAAGUUCUGGUCCAUCAUCAACUCCUCCGUCUUCGAGUACGUCAUGUUCCUCCUCAUCCUGCUCAACACCGUCACUCUGGCUGUCCAGCACUAUGAGCAGUCUAAAAACUUCAGCCACAUCAUGGACAUCCUGAACAUGGUGUUCACGGGUCUCUUCACUGUGGAGAUGCUGCUGAAGCUGCUGGCUCUCAGACUCAGGCAUUACUUUAUGGACGCCUGGAACUCAUUCGAUGCUCUGAUCGUGGUCGGCAGCGUCGUCGACAUCGUAGUUACUGAGUUCAGUAGUGGGGAGGACAGCUCUCGGGUGUCGAUCACCUUCUUCCGCCUGUUUCGAGUCAUGCGAUUGGUCAAACUGCUGAGUAAAGGCGAAGGAAUCCGGACGCUGCUGUGGACCUUCAUCAAAUCACUGCAGGCUUUGCCGUACGUCGCUCUACUCAUCGCCUUGAUUUUCUUCAUAUACGCUGUCGUCGGUAUGCAGACGUUCGGGAAGGUAGCGAUGCAAGAUUACACUCAGAUCAACAGAAACAACAACUUCCAGACGUUUCCUCAGGCUGUUCUCCUCCUCUUCAGAUGUGCCACAGGUGAGGCGUGGCAGGAGAUCAUGCUGGCCAGUCUUCCAGGUAAACGCUGUGACCCCGAGUCAGACUUCGAACCAGGAGAAGAGUUCAGCUGCGGCAGCUCCUUCGCCAUCGUUUAUUUCAUCAGCUUCUUCAUGCUGUGUGCUUUCCUGAUCAUCAACUUGUUUGUCGCCGUCAUCAUGGACAACUUUGACUAUCUGACACGUGAUUGGUCGAUUCUGGGACCCCAUCACCUGGACGAGUUCAAGAGGAUCUGGUCCGAAUACGAUCCAGAGGCCAAGGGCCGUAUAAAACACCUGGACGUCGUUGCUCUGCUCAGGAGGAUUCAGCCUCCUCUGGGUUUUGGGAAACUCUGUCCUCACAGAGUGGCUUGCAAGCGUCUCGUAGCGAUGAACAUGCCUCUUAACGCUGACGGGAUGGUGACCUUCAAUGCCACGCUCUUCGCUCUGGUUCGCACUGCCCUCAAAAUCAAAACUGAAGGUAACCCUGACCAGGAGAACGAGGAGCUGAGGGCAAUCAUCAGGAAGAUCUGGAAGAAGAUGAAACCAAAACUACUGGACGAAGUUAUACCGCCACAUGAAGAAGAGGAAGUGACCGUCGGGAAGUUUUACGCAACCUUCCUGAUUCAGGAUUACUUCCGGAAGUUCAGAAAAAGGAAAGAGCAAGGAGAUCUGGCUGCAGAGGCCGACGCCUCAAACCCGUCUGCUGUUCAGCAGCUGUGUAAGGCCGGUCUGAAGACCCUGCAGGAUCUGGGUCCGGAGAUGCGUCUGGCUCUGAACGAUGACAUGGACGAAGACGACGAAAACAUGAUGGAGGACGAGGAGGAGACCCAGGAGAACGCAGAAUAUAAGGGUGAGAAUGGUUUGGGACCAGAGAAAGAUCGACGAGGCUCCCUACUCACACCCACUGGUCCUGGUGGUGUGGUCGGAGAAGGCGGCGUGUCUAACGGAGGUCUGGUCCAUCGGGUCGGUUCUCUCACUAAGAUGCCAAAUGGAAACGAACACGACGAACAUCUUCGGCGUGGAGACAACGCGAGGUCGUCGUUCAAUCAGCACCAUCAUCGCCGCCCGUCAGCGAAGAACGGCCUGGUGGACCACGGCCACAAGAGACCCUCGUAUCACAAACCCAUGAGGAGGGACUCAAGGGACCGGUACUGGAGGAACGGAGACAUGGAGGGGUACGGAGAGCAAGGAUACUACAGCAGAGAGGAGGACAACGACAGCAUCACCUCCAGAGACAGACCUUACCCUGAUGAGUAUCCUCUCUACAGAGAACACUAUGAUGGCCACGCCCCCUACCCCGACAGUAGCUAUGGUAACGGAUACAACGACGUUCGGAGGACGACCCGGAGACGACUACUUCCUGCCACGCCCACAGGUCGUAAGCCUUCUUUUAACAUCCAGUGUCUGAGGAGGCAGGGCAGCAGCGACGACCUGCCGAUCCCCGGCACGUAUCACCCCACCUCCCCUCCACGCCGUGCACGUGCACAGCACAACGUCAACAAUUACGAGUCCCGUCAAUCCUCCGGGCGCUCAUCAGUGGCGUCUUCAGCAUCCUGGGCGAACCCGUGUCCUCGCCGCGGACGCCUACUCUACGCUCCUCUCAUCCUGGUGGAGGAGGAAGGAAGCCCACCGUGGGGAGGAGGAGUAGGAGGGGGAGGAGGAGAGGGAAAGAAGGGAGGAGCAGGAAGAGGUGUCAAUAUCACUGGUGCAACACCCAGACCGGCCUGGUACGGUGGCCCUGCAGGGACAUCAGCUCCUCCACCGUACCGAGCGUACACCACCCUCAGAGUUCCUUCACAACUCGGCGCUCAACUCACCGAGAAACGAGGAUCAGCCGACAGUCUGGUGGAGGCGGUUCUGAUCUCCGAGGGUCUCGGUCUUUACGCUCGGGAUCCGAAGUUUGUCGCGUUUGCAAAGCGGGAGAUCGCCGACGCGUGUCACAUGACGGUUGACGAAAUGGAGUCGGCCGCCAGCGAUCUGCUCGGCUCGGGGAACCCGUCUCUCCUCGCUAACGCCGCCACGGACCCAGCCAUGCUCUACAGCGACGAGGAGCCAAUCAGGACGGGCCGCGAGGAGGACGAGCUAGCUGACGAGAUGACCUGCGUGACAUCGUUUUGACGGGCUGACGCUCUGGACCAAUCAGAAAAAAGACUGCGAAAGGCGUCAGAGAUUGGCAGGACAUUUGACCAAUCAGGUUAAAGAAGAUAGAAGAGGGCGGAGUUUAAUGGACAUUUAAUGCUGAGAUUUGUGAGAAAAAUGAUGGAAGAUGGCCGCCAGCAGAGAGUGACUCAGCGCUGUUGUGCCGCCAUAAAGACGUAUCUCGUUUGGUAACGCUAUGAACGUCGCUUGGCUGCACAGAAUCACACUUUACCCACAAUGCAUUGUUUGACAAGUUGUGUUGUUGUGUUAUUAUUUAUAAUUCCCGAAAAGUAAUCACCGUUACUGUCAGCCAGCUAAAGAAAGAUUAGCAUUGUGCCGCAACUGAUUAGCUUGAAACUGCCUCCUCUGCCUCAAAGAACAGCACUAUAAUAAACGCUAUAUAUUAAGUCACUCACUCAGCAGUGUUGGGUUGUGUUGUGACAUUUUGCAGACAAACUGUGAUGAUUUGAUUAGUGUUAACAUAAGCAGUGGACUGGCAGGAGAUCAGCUAUGCUCCCAGGGCCCUAUAUCUGUGAUUCAAACUAGCACUGUAAGGGAAUGGCUAUUUUUAAGGCUUUAAUUGCAAAAGAAUGAAGUGAGUUGGACGAAUCAAAUGGAGUUUACAUUUGGUACAAAUCAGCCACUGAGGAGAUGUCAUUGUCUAAAGUCAUGGUACAAAUGGUCUUGAAACAAAUUGGGGUUGCAUUGAGGAGCGUUUAAUCAUUAGACUAUGAGCUCUACAUGAUGAACUGUUUACAUGGCUUGACACAUUUUCCACGUUUACAUGCAACCUGGCUUACUCCAAUUCAAAUGCCCCAUGUGUAGCCCCUUUAAAUACAUUUUAUUUACCUAUUUUUUCAACUGCAGCCAUGUUUCUCCCAUGGUAUACCCUUGUUACCAUUUUGCAAAACUGUGUGCUGGCAGUGUAUCUGUUAUUGCUGUAAAAACCCCAAUCGAAAUACAUAUUCUGAAUGCGCUGUAUACAUGUCCAAAGAAAAACUCGUAGUAUUGGCCUAUCUGAAGUCUAAUCCUGAAAUAUUGUGAAUAAUAGUGAGAUAUUAUAAUAGUGAAAUAUGAGUGACAAGACACUUUCUAAUUUAAAAUAAGGAUGAACGUCAACAGUGAACAGUGUGAAUGAAUGCACAGGUGUUCAGCGUGAUUCUGUCAGCUGAGCUUCUAUCGUUCAGAUGUGAGUUUUUAUAUCAGGAUCUCUGAUGUAUUUAAAUGCUGUAAAACGUGUUGAACUGCCUGCUCUGUGACUCGUAGAGCGGUGUGUGGAGGAAUAUAUUUCUCAUAUUUUAUUAAUGUGUAUUUUUAUUCUCAUAAAUGAAGGCGUUCAGACGAUGAACUGUAAAAUACUUUUCUCUUUGUUGUUUUUUUAUCGCAGAGGAGAGUGUUUGUUCAGUGUGUUCAGAUUUUCUUUUUUAAAUGUUUGAUACUUUUUAUUCUAACAGAGAGAACUGAAUGUUUUUUUUGUUUGUUUGUUUUAAUUCUGGACGGCAGACAGUCCGGUGUUGUUUAUGUCUUGUCUGGAUCUUCGUGUUUCCGUCAUCUUUUAGCUUUUCUUUCCAACAGUUCGGAGAGUUUCCAGUUAUGGGUUUUUUAAUACAACGCCUGGAUUACCCCAAAAUACAUCUGCAGAUGCCGCGUUCAGCCUGAGAAACAGCUCUGUCUGAACCCUCAUUUACCUCAAAUAAAGACUGAAAAAAGA